GCCGGCGCUGCCCACCUGAGGGAGCCCGCGCCCCGCGCCCGCCCCGCGAGCCGGGCACCUGCGCCAGGAGCCCUGUUGAAUAGCCAGUGAGAAGGGACCGGCCGAGCAGCGCCAUGAGUAUCUCAGCUCUCAGGGGCAGCAGCAAAGGGAAGGCCCUCCCCCCGGGCGAGGAGGAGCGCAAUAACGUCCUCAAGCAGAUGAAGGUUCGAACCACACUGAAGGGGGACAAGAGCUGGAUCACCAAGCGGGAUGAAUCGGAGGGCCACACCCUAGAGCUGCCCUCCGGCCGGAGCCGUGCCACAUCCUUUUCAUCAGCUGGGGAGGACCCUAAAGCCAGGUCCCCGAGCGCAAGGGCUCCCACUGGCUACAUCAUCCGGGGAGUUUUCACCAAGCCCGUCGACAGCUCGUCCCAGCCCCAGCAGCAUUUCCCCAAGGCCAACGGAGCUCCGAAAAGCGCUGCCGGUCUGAUGAAAGCCGCACCGGCUGGGCCUCCCCGCCCCUCGUCUUCUGGCUACAAGAUGACCACGGAGGAUUACAAGAAGCUGGCACCGUACAACGUCAGGCGCAGCUCAGCAUCGGGGCCUGCUGGAGAGGAGGAGGCAUCCUCCUCUUCUGAGGAGCAGAAACGGAGGUCAGAGGCUGCAAGCAGCGUGCUGAGGAAGACAGCUUCGCGGGAGCACUCGUACGUUCUGUCGGCAGCCAAGAAGAGCACCGGCAGCCCCACCCAGGAGACACUGGCCCCGUUCAUGGCAAAGAGGGUCGAGGUGGUGGAUGAGGAUGGGCCUUCCGAGAAAAGCCAGGACCCACCUGCUCUGGCAAGACCCCCUCCCGGCUCCAGCAGUGGGGAUGGCAGCCGAGCCACCGUGUCUCCGGCCAUUUGGAUGGAGCGCACACCGAGUCAGCCUAGCCCCGCCGGGACUCGGGAGCCCAGUGCAAGAGCUGAGGAGAUCGUCCACCUGCAGAUCAUGACACCGGGGGCAGGACUCCAUCUGGUGGCCCCAGACCUGGAAGGAAAGAGGCUUUCCCCAGGUCCCAAAGAGAAGGAGGCCACCAACCCCAGAGAGCCCCAGAGAGACGUGACUGGUGAAGGGGCCCUCGAGGGCCAUGACCCAGACUCCGAAAGAUCAAGUGCACAGUCAAGGGAAGGCAACGUGGGAUCCAGAGCCAUGGGCUCCCCACCUGAAGGAUUGGCUGGAGUAGACAUCAGCUCUGGGAGAGGAGGGCUGUGCCCAGCUGCUGGCUUUACCUCUCUCCUGCGUGAUCAGGACAUGCACACUGCCAACUCGCAGCCUCACACACCGGGACCACUGGCUGCCAGCGACCUGGCUGGUUUUGAGAAGAACGUGGUCACCAAGGAGGGAGAGGAGGCCUGGCAGGGGAGGCCCGGAGCCCUAAGAGAUGGCCAGGGAGACCCAGCUGUGCCCACCCAGCAGCCUGCAGAUCCCAGCACCUCAGAGCAGCAGAGCAGCUCCAGAAAACCUGAGCAGCUCCUGGAAGUGGACAGCCAGGCCAACAGCGACCUGGCUGGUUUUGAGAAGAACGUGGUCACCAAGGAGGGAGAGGAGGCCUGGCAGGGGAGGCCCGGAGCCCUAAGAGAUGGCCAGGGAGACCCAGCUGUGCCCACCCAGCAGCCUGCAGAUCCCAGCACCUCAGAGCAGCAGAGCAGCUCCAGAAAACCUGAGCAGCUCCUGGAAGUGGACAGCCAGGCCAACAGGAUAACAAACCCUUCGAGCUGUAUGGCCACUGUUACCAUUACUGCCACGUCUGAGCAGCCUCAUGUUUACACCCCAGCCUCCCCAAGUGAAUUGGAGCCCAACUCAGCCAGCAAAGGGAUUCUCUUUGUGAAAGAGUAUGUGAAUGCUGGUGAAGUAUCUUCUGGGAAGCCACUGUCUUCAUUUUAUGGCAGCAACACUGAGGACUCGUGCAGCAUGGCGGAGAAACUCCCAUUUGACACUCCUCCAUACCCUGAGCAAAUAAGUGCAGGGAUCUGUACUUACUGCCAUCGGGAGAUCCGAGACUGUCCAAAGAUUACCCUAGAACAUCUUGGCAUCUGCUGCCAUGACUACUGCUUUAAGUGCGGGAUUUGCAGUAAACCGAUGGGUGAGCUUCUAGAUCAGAUCUUCAUUCACCGUGACACCAUCCACUGUGGGAAGUGCUAUGAGAAGCUCUUCUAGCUGCUCCACGCUGAGAAGAAGCUGACGACUUCUGGACAAGUUUGACUGUCCCCAGUUGCGCUUCCCGUACUCCCUCCCUCCUGCAUUUGAUUUCUUCAUCUUUUUGCCCCUUUUAGGUUGUACUUGCUUACAUCCAGGAGUGAAUCUUAAUGAUUCUAUGAUAAUUACUUCUCUGUGCAGCUUUUUAUAGCUUAGAAGGCACUCGACAUCCCUGACCUUGCUUCAGGCUCAAGCAAAGACAACUGCACAGGAAUGCCGUUCUGGCUUCCCUAAGACACAUCAGCUUCCUGAUGAUGAGUUUAGGUGGAGGUGGCCUCCUAUAGUAGGCAUGGACACAAGUGUGGGAUUCGGUGUUCCUGACUCUUGGGACAGAGAGCAAAUCACAUUCUGGUUCAAAGCUCUGAGCGGACCUUGGGGACUUGAGAGGAGAAGGAGACCCCCUGAAGAUCCUGAGGUUAAAGACUGUCGACGAUCCCGGGUGGGGAAAUUGCAGACACUGAAUACUAGGAAUGAAUGUAGACUAAUGUUUAGCUUUUAAACUUUCCAUAUACUUUUACAUCGAGUUAGUUGCUUCUGCUUGAGUUACAUAGCAGAUCUUAAUGACCCCCCUUCUUCCUGCAUUUCAGUAUCGUUGAGUUUUUCCUGCAGGCAUGUGAACAUGUAUUAGAAAGUUUAUACAUUACAUUUAAAUUCUAUAGGAUGUGAUUCUUAGGAGUCUGCUCACCAAAGGGAUAUCUUUGUCUGACUCUGGAUAGCUAACGAAUACCUUUGUCCUCAAUUUCCAAUCCCUCAGCUUUACACAGAAAUCUCCUAGUAACACCCCACUUAGAGCAACAGACAGAUCAUCCAGCAUCAGCUAACAUAUCUUGAGGCUUUACUAUUUAGCAGAGGCAUUAUCACAAAGUGAUGGCAUAAAUCCCUAGACUAAUCUUCUACCCAAUUUGCUGAUGAGGAUACUGAGGCUCAGAGAGGUGGUCAUUGCAUCGUGCAGAACCAUUGCUGUCUCUGUCCAGAGCCCACGCUCUCUCCAGUAACAGUAACCACAACCGUGAGCUUUGAUUUGGUGCUGAGUAUAUGCCAAACACUGUGUGGGGAUUGCCUAAUCCUACCAGGCAACACCACCCCCCUAAGGCCUUCCCUUAGGCACACUUUUACAAAGAGGGGAAGGGGUGAAAUCACACCGCUUUGGUGGCCCUCCCUCACCUCCCUUUUCCAAGAAAACACUUCUGAAUGGAGAUACUCUCAGCUGGGAAGAGAUCUGACUCACAGACUUUCCCAAGCUAGUGGCAAGUCCUGAGACGCUCAGUACUUGCAACAGGGACACCUGUUGGCCAGCUGACUGAGUGUUUUUCCGAUAAAAAAUGAGGGCCUUUUCUCUUGGUUUAGUUAAAAAAUGUCUCUCCCUCUCUAGCCAGUUUCUGAGUCUUAUGAACAUGGGUGGACUUGUUCCUCCUGCCAAAUGAUCGGAGAGGGACUUUUCAUUCAUGUCCAUAGAUCUGCAUCAGAUCUACACCGGAGGGGAGAAGUGGGAGAAUGUGCCGUGUACCGACACUAAAUAUACUGACACUGGUUUUGCUCAAGACUAGCCCUCAAUGUGGGACUUGGCACAUGGUAGGGACUGACACACAGGUGCUAAAUGAAUGGGUGAAAGGGAAAGAAAGGUCAUGCCUUUGGGAGGGAGGUGCCACUCCUGAGUCCCGGCACAGACCCAGCUGAUGGAGUGCUAGCCAAGAAAGGCUAGCUUCCCCGCCUUCAAGAUACGCUCUGCCUUUCAGCGAGUUUUAGAACCAACAUGCAAGAUGUAGAUUGCAAUCUGAAACAGUCUCCUUCAUGUUUAAAACAGAAUUCUGCACACUUAAGAAAGAGAGGUAGUUGCAUUACAUUUUUGCUCCUUUUUGGUUGCCUAGCAUUUUUAACCAUACUUGCUUAUUAACUCAUAUUAAUGUACACAAUUAUAAUAAAUGGUAAGAUAUUUCA